AUGGCAUACAACGGUCCUGGCGGUGGCCAAGGCGGGGGACACCCGCUACAGGAUCUCCCCUCGGGCAGUAGCUAUCACCUGCCCCCUCACGAGGAGGAAGAACAAGCCGGACGAUAUCUGCUGAACGAGCCUGGCUCGCAUGGCUACGAGCAUGAUCGCCUCGGCGCCGGGACUCCUCCCGACCGCCCUGUUUCAGCUUACAGUCUCACCGAGUCUUAUGCUCCUGGAGCCUCGCCCAUCGGCACUCCUGGUCUGGGCAGCGACAACGGAUACGGCCAGUACGGCCAGGGCCAAGGAUACGAUUUCCCUCGCCCCGCCUCUACUGUCCACGACAACGAUGACGACAGCUGGGUUCAGAGACAGCAGCAGCCCGCCGGUGGUGGCCUGAAGCGUUACAACACCCGAAAGGUCAAGCUUGUCCAGGGUUCCGUUCUGAGUAUCGACUACCCCGUGCCCAGUGCCAUCAAAAACGCAGUUGAGCCCAAGUACCGCGAUGUUGAGGGCGGCAACGAGGAGUUUGUCAAGAUGCGAUACACGGCGGCUACCUGUGAUCCCAAUGACUUCACCCUGAAGAACGGUUACGAUUUGCGGCCGCGAAUGUACAACCGUCACACCGAGCUCCUGAUUGCCAUUACAUACUAUAACGAAGACAAGGUUCUGCUUGCCAGAACUCUGCACGGUGUGAUGCAGAACAUUCGUGACAUUGUCAACCUGAAGAAAUCGACCUUUUGGAACAAGGGAGGUCCUGCCUGGCAGAAGAUCGUUGUGUGCUUCGUCUUCGACGGUAUCGACAAGGCUGACAAGAACACCCUGGACGUGCUCGCCACCAUUGGUGUGUACCAGGACGGUGUCGUCAAGAAGGAUGUCGACGGCAAGGAAACCGUCGCUCACAUCUUCGAGUACACCAGUCAGCUUUCCGUCACGCCUAACCAGCAGCUCAUCCGACCUUCUGGUGACAGCCCUCAGAAUCUGCCCCCUGUUCAGUUCAUCUUCUGCUUGAAGCAGCAGAACACCAAGAAGAUCAACUCCCAUCGUUGGUUGUUCAAUGCCUUUGGCCGAAUCCUAAACCCCGAAGUCUGCAUUCUUCUUGAUGCUGGUACCAAGCCUAGCCCGCGCUCGCUGCUGGCUCUGUGGGAGGGCUUCUACAACGACAAGGAUCUUGGUGGUGCUUGUGGUGAGAUUCACGCCAUGUUAGGCAAGGGCGGCAAGAAGCUGCUCAACCCCCUGGUCGCUGUGCAGAACUUUGAGUACAAGAUCUCCAACAUUCUCGACAAGCCUCUUGAGAGUUCGUUUGGCUACGUCUCUGUGUUGCCCGGUGCCUUCUCGGCCUACCGAUUCCGAGCCAUCAUGGGACGCCCUCUGGAGCAGUAUUUCCACGGUGACCAUACCCUGUCCAAGAUUCUUGGUAAGAAGGGUAUCGACGGCAUGAACAUUUUCAAGAAGAACAUGUUCUUGGCCGAAGAUCGUAUUCUCUGUUUCGAGCUGGUCGCCAAGGCCGGUCAGAAGUGGCAUUUGACCUACAUCAAGGCCGCCAAGGGUGAAACAGAUGUGCCCGAAGGUGCUGCCGAAUUCAUCAGUCAGCGUCGUCGUUGGCUCAACGGUUCGUUUGCCGCCUCUCUGUAUUCGCUGAUGCACUUCGGCCGAAUGUACAAGUCUGGUCACAACAUCAUCCGCAUGUUCUUCUUGCACAUUCAGCUCAUUUACAACUUCCUCAACGUCAUCUUCUCCUGGUUCUCUCUGGCUUCUUACUACCUCACCACCACCGUCAUUAUGGACCUUGUGGGUACCCCGGUUAUUGCCUCAUCCAACUCGUCUGAGCAUCACGGCUGGCCCUUUGGAGACGAGGCAACGCCUAUUAUCAACACGCUUCUGAAGUACCUCUACCUCGCAUUCGUUAUCCUGCAGUUUAUUCUUGCCCUGGGUAACAGACCAAAGGGUUCCAAGUUCACCUACAUUGCUUCCUUCAUGGUAUUUGCUUUGAUCCAGGGCUACAUCUUGGUUCUUUCCGUCUUCUUGGUCGUUCAAGCUUUCAACACACCUAUCCAGGAUCAGAUCAACUUUGACUCUGGAGAAGAUUUCGUCAAGAGUUUCUUCUUCGGAGCGGGUGCUGCAGGUGUCAUUAUCAUUGCCCUGAUCACCAUUUACGGUCUGUACUUCAUUGCCUCUUUCCUCUAUCUCGACCCUUGGCACAUGUUCCACUCUUUCCCCCACUACCUGUUGCUCAUGUCGACCUACAUCAACAUUCUCAUGGUCUACGCGUUCAACAACUGGCACGAUGUGUCUUGGGGUACCAAGGGUUCCGAUAAGGCUGAGGCUCUCCCGUCUGCCAACGUCCAAAAGGGCGAGAAGAACGAAGUUGUCGUCGAAGAAAUUGAGAAGGAGCAGGAGGAUAUCGACAGUCAGUUCGAACAGACUGUCCGACGAGCCCUGGCCCCCUUUAAGGAGGAGGAAGAGGUCGAGAAGAAGGACGUCGAGGACGGUUACAAGUCUUUCCGUACCGGUCUGGUCGUCUCUUGGCUGUUUUCCAACAUUAUCCUCAUCAUCGGUGUCACUACCGACGACUUUGCCCAGUCUGGUUUGGUGGGAACCGCAUCCAGCCGCACUGCCAACUUCUUCAAGUUCCUUCUUUACGCUACGGCCGUGCUGUCCCUUAUCCGCUUCAUAGGUUUCCUCUGGUUCCUGGGUAAGACGGGUCUCAUGUGCUGCUUCGCUAGAAGGUAA